CCCAACAAGUCACCUCUUCCAUCCAUGCUGCUUUGUCGCUGCAUAACUUCAACCGCCGCAGCGCAUUUCUCAUACUCGUCCAUCGACAACCCUUUCGUUCUCCCGACGACAACAACGGCGACGAUAACGAGAACACCUCCGUCUCGAGGAAACCCCUCUCGUACCUGCCGAUGACGCCCAGCAAACCGUAAAUGUCCUAUUUGACACGUUGAUUUCGGUCGAACCCUCAUCACUGUCCCGCCGCUCUGCAUCGUGUCCGGUGGCCAUCCCGAUCGAACUGAUAACAUUCAAACAUCGCCCUGCCCAAUCGUCAGCACCACCCGAGCUGUCCUGCCUCAUGGCGUAAUCCAUGGCAGAACGAAUCGCCUCUGCAAACCCGCGCUCCAGAUCGGUAGUCGACCACGAUCACCCCACGCGCCUCCCGUCCACACCGACGACAUUGUCCUCCGGGUCGGGCUCACCUGCCUUCACUUCGACCUCGCCUUCUCAUCGAAUUACUAGAUCUUCUGCUCGGCAAGCAGCGAGUCUUGCAGCUUCAUCGACGCCAUCCGCUGCCGGCGCCGAUCCCGCCGCGACCGCCCCUGCGCCGGCGACAUCCAGUCCUGAAAUCCCCCCGCCUACUACCUCGAGGAAGCGAAAGGCUCCAGCUCAAGCAGCCAGCCCUACUACGGGAACACAACCUCCAACAAGCGCCUCUACGAGACGAUCUAAGCGUCAAAAAGUAGCCGAAGCUGCACCGCCUUCUCAGCCUCCUACGCAGGCGGCACCCACCCUGUCUCGUUCGAAGAAGAAGGGAAAAGCUUCCGCCACCAUGUCAGGCCUAGGUAACCCCCCCGACCUUGUGAAUGCUUCCGAGGACACCGCACCAUCGGCGUCUUCAAGCCGUAAGUCGAGCAGAAACAAGAGGAUUGCUCCGGGCGCUACAGACGCUGCUGCCAUCACAUCCAGCUCUUCUCGUCGAACGAAACGAAAUGCCGCCAACAACGCCAACCAAGACACCACGAUGACGGGCACGGACGACACAGAGAAGGAGUCCAUUCCUCACCCACCUCCACCUCCCCCGCCUGAACAUCAUGACGACGACGACGACGACGAUAGCGACGAGAACGACGAGGAUGAUGAUGAAGACCAAAGAUACGACGACGAAGACGAUGAUCCAUUUGGGGGUUUUGGCGGCCCUGGCGGCCCCGGCGGCUUGUCGAGCACUCUACGAGCACUCACCGGCAUGAUGUCGGGCAUUUCGUCACGCCUACGAGAGCUUCUCAAUAACCUGCGUCAGAAAGAUGACCCGUCGAUUCAGUUGAUUGCUCUACAGGAGUUGUCCGAGAUACUAUUGGUCUCGAACGAGGACAACCUUUCGGGGCACUUCUCGCCCGAUUCCUUCGUCAAGGAGUUGGUGAAUCUGAUGCAACCAAACGAGAUCACGGGAGAGGAGAACCCGGAAAUCAUGCUUCUGGCUUGCCGUUGCCUGGCAAACUUGAUGGAGGCGCUGCCCGCAAGCGUGGCUAACGUUGUCUACGGAGGUGCUGUUCCGGUUCUAUGCCAGAAGCUUCUGGAGAUCUCGUUCAUCGACCUCGCCGAGCAAGCCUUGAGCACCCUCGAGAAGAUCUCGGCCGAGUACCCAUCCAGCAUUGUUCGAGAGGGUGGUCUCACUGCCUGCUUGUCCUACCUCGACUUCUUUGCAACGAGUACACAGAGAACCGCCGUGACCACGGCUGCCAACUGUUGCAGGAACAUUCCUGAGGAUUCCUUCCCAGUCAUUCGAGAUGUCAUGCCAACCCUGCUCAAUGUGCUGGGUAGCAGCGACCAGCGAGUGGUGGAACAGGCCUCUAUCUGCGUCUCUGGAAUUGUCGAGAGCUUCAAGUACCAGUCCGCGAAGCUGGAAGAGCUCGUCAGUGUCGACCUGCUCAAGGCAGUUUUGAGACUGCUUGUGCCCGGUACCACCAAUCUCAUCAGAUCCGACAUUCACACCCAGUUCCUGCGCGUCUUGGCAUUUACAGCCCGCGCUAGCCCUCAGCUGUCGGCAGAACUGUUCAAGCUCAACGUCGUGGAGACCCUCUACCAGAUCUUGACUGGCGUAUCCCCGCCUAGCGGAACAGAAGACGUUGCCUCCAAGCUCGACAGUGUUGUCAUCAUGCAGGCAUUGAUUCAUCGGCCCAAGGAGCAAGUCAUCGAAACGCUUAAUGUCAUCUGCGAGCUGCUCCCUAGCCUGCCUCGCAAUGCCGACCCUUCGUACGGCGACUUUGUCGAAAUGAACCCGACAGAGCCUAUUACUCCGUCAUCUACCGCGCCCGGGAAGGCACGUAAGUCGCCCAACGAUAGGAGAAUCGAGCUUCUUGAUGGCUGCAAAGCCGAGGUCCGCCGCUUCGCUCUCAUUCUUUUCCCAACCUUGACCGAUGCCUUUUCGAGUACGGUCAACCUCAAUGUUCGUCAAAAGGUCCUCACGGCACAACUCAAGAUGCUUUCGAACCUCAAUGAGGAGAUCCUCGGCGAAGCCUUGAAGACCGUUUCAUACGCUUCUUUUCUGGCCUCUAUUUUGUCCCAGCAGGACCAUCCAUCGCUCGUCAUGCUUGCACUCCAGGCCACGGAACUUCUCCUCAGUCGCCUGGAAGAUGUUUACCGAUAUCAGCUGUACCGCGAGGGUGUAAUCUCGGAGAUCACGAAACUCGCCAUCGAGGAGAAACCUUCCUUGCCGGCUCCGGAAUCGAUUGGGUCGCAGGAAAACAGCAAUACUGAUCCACAGGCCUUCGUAGACUCUGGUGAUCGUUCGUCGGACAACGAGGAGUCGGAAGACAACGAGGAUCACGAGGAAUCGGACGACGAGGAAAACGAAGAGGACAACGAGAACGAGCCUCACCCAGACGACCUUUCGGGCUCACCAGUGAGCUCACAUGGCUCGACUAUGUCGCUGGACGGACCGCCUCAGCAGUUCCUGUCCGAUGUCCCUUCAAUGCGGAGUAGGAUCCGUGAAGUGGCCAAGAAAUUCUUGGAGAGCCACGAGACCGAGAAGCAUGGUAAGGCCAUGAAGAAGAAGGCGACCAAGAUUCUAUCAAAUCUCUCGGAUCUCGCCGAAGAGAUUGGGGCUUUCUACCUUCACAGAACGGCGACCAACCUUGCGCCCGAAAAGGGCGUCGAACUCUUCCAGAGGUUAGCGUCGUCUUUCGACGCGGAUGUUCUCGAGAGCGUCACAAGUGCAGAGCUUCUUGCCUCUGGUCUUGUCCGAGUUCUCUUGGAGGUUUUCAGCAACCCUGAUGAGGAGCUAGCCCGCACUGCACAGGCAGCCUUCCUGCAAGUAUUCAUGGGCUACACCGUCAAGUCCAAGCCGAAGACCGCAACUGCCGACUCGCCUGCAACACCCUUCAGUGUCAUGGUUCACAAACUUCAAGAUCUUCUCAGUAGGUCUGAGCAUUUUGAGGUUAUCACAGUCCACCAGAACACCUUCGACGGCAAUCGCAGUAGCGCAGCGUCUAUGCUAGCGAAGCAAAUUCGAUUGAGACUCGUCGCCGACGACGACUCUGAUAUCCCGCGGUCGUAUCGGAACAUCAUGGUCUCUAUCCACGCCAUUGCUACAUUCAAGUCGCUAGAUGACUACUUGCGUCCCAGAAUCAGCCUAUCGGAGCGGCCACGUGGCUCCCGGCGAGCCGACAACCUGUCCAGAGCUCUUGCUUCACUUGCAGGUUCUGCAGGCUUGCCCCUGAGCCAUGCUGCUGCUAGACUUGCGGAACGCGCCUCAGCUGCCUCUGCGUCAAGCCCCAUCCCGCCCCCGCCCAGUGUGCCCACCCCCAGUGGCUCACGAUCUCUUCGCAAGACGAAAUCCAAGUCGGCACCGCAGCCUGAGACUGCAGCCACUCCUGACGCUACUUCAACUGCGAGAGACAAGAGUGUUUUGAGAAGAUCUACUCGCCGUAGCGCGGCGUCUACUGCGGAAAGCCCUGUGCCUUCUCGGCCCCCUCCAGAAGAGGACGAUCUGGAGAACGCUCUUGAAUGCGCAGAUGAGAAGCAUAUAUCUGACGACGAAGAGAUCGGCGGCAGCAGCGCCCUCGAUGCUAUUGUGGGCGAUUUGGAUGAGGAUAUGAGCGAGUCCCCUGUCCCCGAGCCUGGCGCUGUCAACAUGGAGAUCGCGGCGGGUGGUAGAGUUACUGCACGCAAGGACGACGGAACCAGAGUUCCCACGCCGUCACAAAGUGCCUUGCCUACUCGGUCUAAUGCCCUCCCUCCCCCGGCGGCACAGAGCACGCCCACGCCUGCGACCUCGUCAUCGCGACCCAUGUCGUAUGCUGCAGCUAUUCAAGCUGUCCCUCAAGACUGGCAUAUCGAGUUCACACUUGACGGCAAGGUCAUCCCGAGUGAGACGACCAUCUACCGUGCGGUCCAUACCUCAGCCGCCAAUUCUGAUGAGCAAUUCAGCCGGAGUGUGUGGUCAGCGGUCCAUCCAAUCAAGUUCCGACGUGCUCCUGGCCCACCGCCAGCGGAAACCCUGUCGUUCAGUUCAAACUCCGAGGCCAGCACUGAGGAAAAUGGAGAUGGAAGUGUACCGGCAUCUCUCGCCAAGCAUCCCUCUACCGCCUCGAUCCUCCGUCUUCUCAAUAUUCUUCACGAAUUGAACGCCAAUAUCGAAGAUGUUAUGGUCGAAAACAGCGAGAAGGACGCCGUCCGGCUCAACGUGGAGCCCCUGUCUCAGUUUGUCAAUACCAAGCUCACCGCUAAGCUGAACAGACAGUUGGAGGAACCGCUUAUCGUGGCGAGCAACUGCUUGCCGAGUUGGGUAGAAGACCUUGCCAGACUGUAUCCUUUUCUCUUUCCCUUUGAGACGAGGCACUUGUUUUUGCAGUCGACAUCAUUCGGCUAUGCCCGUUCUAUGACUCGCUGGCAGAACGCUCAUUCUGCAGACGACUCUCGUCGCGAUCGUCGUGACGAUCGACCAUUCCUCGGUCGACUCCAACGUCAGAAGGUACGCAUCUCCAGAUCCAAGAUUCUGGAGUCUGCUUUGAAGGUCAUGGAGCUAUAUGGUGCCUCCCAGAGCAUUCUCGAGGUUGAAUAUUUUGAGGAGGUAGGCACAGGCUUGGGCCCCACCCUUGAGUUCUAUUCGACGGUGUCAAAGGAGUUCGCCAAGAAAAGGCUCAAGCUUUGGAGAGAGAUGGAUUCGAACGACUCUGAAGAGUACAUUUCUGGUGCGAGUGGUCUCUUCCCUCGACCACUCAGCGACGAUGAAGCCGGCGCUCCUAAUGGCGAACGCAUCCUCCAACUCUUCAAGACUCUCGGCAAAUUCGUUGCUCGAUCGAUGAUCGAUUCGCGCAUCAUUGACUUGAACUUCAACCCUACCUUCUUCCGUAUUGGAGACGAUUCGUCGGCACCCGGCGUCAAGCCAUCUCUCGGCGCCGUCAAGACUGUCGACCCUGGCCUGGCUCGGUCUUUGAAGACCAUUAAGAAGUUUGCCGUGGCCAAGAAGGAAAUCGACGAGGAUCCUUCACGCACCCCUGCCCAAAAGGUCGCCAAUACCGAGGACAUUGUCAUCGACGGAGUGAAGCUGGAUGAUCUUUGCCUCGACUUCACCUUGCCUGGUUAUCCUGAAAUCGAGCUUAUCCCCGACGGCGGUCAGGUCCGGGUCACCAUCGACAACGUAGACUCGUAUCUGGAGCGUGUCAUUGACAUGACUCUGGGCACUGGCGUUCGCCGCCAAGUCGAUGCAUUCCGAACCGGAUUCUCGCAGGUCUUCCCCUACUCGGCUCUGAGCGCCUUUACACCCGAUGAGCUGGUGACAUUAUUCGGCAGAGUUGACGAGGAUUGGUCUCUGGAGACACUUAUGGAUUCGAUCAAGGCCGACCACGGGUACAACAUGGACAGCAAGAGCGUCAAGAAUCUACUCCAGACUAUGAGCGAAUUGUCCCCCUCCGAACGUCGUGACUUUUUGCAGUUCACUACGGGUAGCCCUAAGCUCCCAAUUGGAGGCUUCAAGAGCUUGACUCCUAUGUUCACCGUCGUCUGCAAGCCGAGCGAGCACCCAUAUAUGUCCGACGACUAUCUCCCCAGCGUCAUGACUUGCGUGAACUACCUGAAACUUCCCGACUACACGGGCAUCGAAGUCAUGCGGAAACAACUCUCGACUGCCAUAAAGGAAGGCCAGGGAGCGUUCCAUCUCUCAUAGAUGGCACCCUCAUUACCACAUGAACGAAGCCAAAAAGACGAAACAGAAAGAACGUAGCGGUGUCGAUCGAUGGUUAAGGUGGCCAUCACAGCAGACGAAGUUACGUCUGCAUGGAAACUGAAAUGAGAGCAUGCAUCAACGAGCAUUACACUUCUCCAGAACAGAAGAACCUGAUGCGCUUCUUCUGUGUCUAACAUUAUUCACCUGAUAACAAAGACUAUGGAGGGUAACGGCCUAGUAACGGGAUACACUAGUUUUGGGUGAGAUGGAUCGAGGGCGGAGGGGCAACAUGGAAGUCCCCCAACCUCACACUUUGCAUGGCAGGGUUGUUUAGGCGUCAGAGCUUCCUCUAAUCUACGUCCCUACUCUAUUAGCCUUGAGGCUUUUCUUCAUUGUGUCAACACUGUCUCCAGGGUCUGUGACCAAGCCCAUUUGAAGCCUGCUUGGACGCCAGAUGCCGGAGCGGUUUCUAAUCGAUAGAGUGGUUAAACUAAAUUCUUGAAAAU